UUUGUGAGAGCUGCACACCUACCGCAGGAUCAGUCUGCAAAUCCCUUUCUCCCAUGGUACACAUAUCUUGUUCUGGACUGAAAUCACUGCAGAAGAUGAAGAGUGCCCCUAUAUUUUUUUGCAUUCUGUCAGUAGCUUGGUCUACUCCUAUACAUCAAAGUGAAAAGGGAAAUGACAGCUUCCAUAGAGAAUACAAGACUCAGAUCAGCCUCCAGGAUGGAGAUACUGCUGACAACAAUGUGCAUUUAUUUUCUCCAGAAAAGACAGAAGUGGUACAACAGGAUGUGUCUAAAACAGAUUACAGCAAUGAAGAUGAUGGUGAUAAAAGUAAUGAAAGUAAAGAGGGACAACUAGGAAAUAUACAUGGCACUACCAGCAAUGGAGAAGUUGCCAGAAAUGGAGAUAGUGGGGGAAUAGACUCUAGUUGUUCUUCAGAAGAAGUCUAUGGAGAAGGUGGCACUGCUAAUACUGAUGGGAAUGGAGAUACAGGACAUAAGGACAACUUUGGUAACACAGGGACAGUUGGAAAUGGCAAUGACACCACUGCUGAUGGCAAUGAUGAAGAGAAGGAGGAAGACACCAGUGGCCAAAAGGAAGAUGAAAAUGAGAAUGAUGGCAAAGAACCUGCUGUUGGAAAAGGAGAAGGGAAUGUUAAUUAUCAAAACAAAGAUGGGCUCACUGAUGUUUUCCCAACUCAUGGAAAUGAGACUGAUGGAGAGAAAGACAUCACUGGCAAUGAGGCUGCGGAAAGCAGUGGUGCUAUCAAUGCAAGUCAAGGUGAUCAAAAUGUAGGGAAAGGUGAAGGUGGACAUGGGGGUACUGGCACUGAAGGGUCCAGCAGUAGCAGAGGAGUUGGAAGUGAUGGCACUGGUAAUGGAGGAAAUGAAAACUGGGCUGAUAGUGAAUGCAUCAGCGGUAAUGGAAUAGAUACAAGUGAAGAAGGCUCGGGUGAUGAAACAUUAUUUAACUUCCCAGGCUCUAAGAAUACUGAGGGAAGUAAGAAUGGCAAGAGAAGUAAUGGGAAUGAAGGUAAGAGUGAUGACACUGCAGUCAUACCAGACACCAGUACCCCAGGAGGAGGUGACAGCACUCAUAAGGAAGAUUCUGUCAGCAGCAGUACAGAAGAAAAUGCAGAGUGUGACAUAGACUCUGAUAGCAAAAGUGCCGAGGAUGACAAUGGGGAUGCAGACAAAAAAAGCCAAGAGGUCAAAAAUGACAAAGAUGAGGAAAAUGAAAACAGCAGCCGUGCAGGUUCGAAUGUUGAUGAGAAGGAAGAUGCUAAGGGGCUAACUAAUGGAAGCAGCAAUGACACCAACAGGACUAAAAUUGCUGUGCUAGGCAGUGACUUGUGGAGUAAAGACAGUGACACUCUUAGUGGAAUUGGCAACGAUAAAGGUGUGACUGGCAAUCCAAAAGAAAAUUCCCAGCAGAUCAAGUCUACGUGUACUGAUGGGAAGCUUGGCAAAUGCAGCAGUAAAAGUGACAGUGACAAAGCUGAUGGUACAUAUGAUUUUGACAAUGAACUCAUGCAAGGAGAUGACCCCAACAGCAGCAAUGAAUCUGUUGGCUUUGACAGUGGUGACAAAGGUGAGGACAAUGACUCAGAUUCUCAGAGUGGGAAUAGGGACAAUAGUCAGGAAGAUGAUACUAGUGAUUCCCAAGGCUCAGACAGCAGGGAUCAUGAAAGCUCAGCAGGAGACAAAGAGGAAGCAAACAGUGACAGUGACAGCAAAUCAGAUAGUGAAAGCAAAUCAGAUAGCAGUGAAAGCGACAGCAAAUCAGACAGCAGCAGCAGCAGCAGCAGUGAAAGCGACAGCAAAUCGGGCAGCAGCAGCAGUGAAAGCGACAGCAAAUCAGACAACAGGAGCAGUGAAAGCGACAGCAAAUCAGACAGCAGCAUUGAAAACAACAGCAAAUCAGACAGCAGCAGCAGUGAAAGUGACAGCAAAUCGGAAAGCAGCAGCAGCAAAAACAGCAGCAGUAGCAGCAGCAGCAGUGAAAGUGACAGCAAAUCAGACAGCAGCAGUAGCAGCAGCGGCAGUGAAAGUGACAGCAAAUCGGACAGCAGCAGUAGCAGCAGUGAAAGCGGGAGCAAAUCAGACAGCAGCAGCAGUGAGAGUAACAGCAAAUCUGCCAGCAGCAGCAGUGAAAGUGGCAGCAAAUCAGACAGCAGCAGCAGUGAGAGUGACAGCGAAUCAGCCAGCAGCAGCAGCAGUGAAAGUGGCAGCAAAUCAGACAGCAGCAGCGAAAGUGAUAGCAAAUCAGACAGCAAUGACAGUGGUAAUAGUGAUCAGUCAGAGAGCAAGAACAGUGAAGGUGGUAAUGACAGCAACAGUGAAUCAAAUGGUAGUAAUAAUGAUAGUGAUGCAGGUAGUGACAGUGAAAGUGUUGAAAGCCACAGUGACAGCAAUGAUGAUUUAGACAACACACUGAGUGCAAGUGACAGUGAAUCUGAGGAAGAUGAUAGUGAUAGCAUCGUAAGACCAAAAGAAGGUCAGAGUGAAAGUGAUUCACAAAGUGAAGGCAGUAAUAGCAAUGAUUCAACUAGUGAUGUUUAAAGUAAGUGCCAACAAAUCAUAAAGUCACUGGCAGUAAUCUCCAGCAAAUGAGGUUUGUGAGGGUCACAGGAAACGACUGAAAGAUUAAUAUUAUCCCAAUAUUAAUUGAAACAUCAUGGUAGCAAUUAAGCUAAACUGGGGCAAGGCUAGAGGAAAAAAUGCAUUACCUAAAUGCCAUGUCAUUCUAUUACCUAGAUGAAAAUAUCAUACAAAUUACUGUAUGUGUUAAAGUAACACUUUUGGGUGCUUUAGUCUGAAUAAAUUGUAAAGCCUAUUCAAAUGAAAACAAUAUCAGUGUUUGAAUCUCUGGGAUAGUCAUUUAUUCAAAGUACUAGCUGUAAUUAUUGAAAGCCAACUUGUGGAUGCCUUCUCUCAUGGUGAAUGGUACCUGAGAUGAUGAGUAGUCUCUCUAAAAUGGGUAGGCUCGCUCCUUGACUAAGGUGCUGUUCAGCAUAUGUGCAGGUGCAGGGGCAGGAUGUGGCACUAAGUUAUUCUAUUUGAUGCUUUAGAACCUGGUCUAGGACAAACUGCACAUUUCAGGUAACUUAUUGUUAUUUAACAUUAAUACUGAAAAUAUGUAGAUGAUUCAUACAAAGAUGUCCUCUGUAACAUACCCAUAUGCUGCCGGUAAACACACAUUCUUUGUUAAAUGACAAUUAGAUGCAAGAUUCUUUCUUUUAAGCUAAUCACUUCAGAACUGUAUUUUU